AUGGUAGUACUACCAGUGCUGGGCCUGGUGCUGAGCCUUGCUGCUGCGCAGUUCAACCAGGAUGUCAUCGUGCAGAGGAACUACAACAUGGCCAGGAUUUCCAGGAACUGGUACACUAUUUGUAUGGCCUCGGACAACAUGACACGCAUUGAAGAAAACGGAGAUCUGAGGCUCUUCAUGCGGAAUAUCCAUCUCUUAAAGAACGGCAGCCUGAAGUUUGACUUCCUCUUCAUGGUGCAAGGAGAAUGUGUAGCUGUGGCCAUGGUUUGUGAAAAGACAGAGAAAAACGGGGAGUUUACCGUUGCCUAUGAGGGGGAAAAUAAGGUGUUGCUCUCAGAGACUGACUACAGGACGUAUGUCAUCUUCUACAUGGAGAACAUCAAGAAUGGGACUAAGACCCGCGUGUUGGCUCUCUAUGGUAACCCACUACCUCUUGACAGGUCUUACCUAAAAAGAUUUGUAAACAUCUGCCAAAAAUAUGGACUGGAUUCUCAAAAGAUCAUCAACUUGACAAGAAAAGAUAAUUGCUACGAUAUCCCACAGAAGAACUAG